ACUUUUAGUGCUACCCAUGGAGCUGUAGCUAGCAUUUCCAUUAGCAUCACCAUUUCUUCUCUCCCUCUCUAAGAAUAUAUAACACACACACACACGACACACCACAACACAAACACAAGCAGUCUCACAAAACACCAAAUCUCAUCUUCAUCAUCGUCAUCAAUCAUAGCCCGCUCUUUCUCUCUCUAAAUCUCUCCCAAUUCUCUCUCCCUCUCGAUCUAUGAAUCAUUCCAAUCCGUUAUUCCCUUUGGAUUUCGAUUCAGAUUAAUAAAAUUCAAUCAAGUUGGAUCCUCAAUCAUUCAAACGAAUGGAAGCGUUGGUGGAUGAAUCUUGCUCGGUCUGAAAGAAUAAGAGAAGAGAAAAAAUGCCAGCGUUAGAGCAUGGGAAUCACCAAUUCAGUAGUAAUGGCUCAUCGCUAUCGAAUGGAUUUUGGUCCAGGAAUCGUGACGAUGUUAGCUACAAUCAGCUCCACAAGUUCUGGUGUGAGCUGCCACCACAGGCUCGGCAGGAACUCUUGAGGAUAGACAAGCAAACCCUUUUUGAGCAGGCGCGAAAAAAUAUGUACUGCUCCAGGUGCAAUGGGUUGCUCCUUGAAGGCUUUUUGCAGAUUGUUAUGUAUGGGAAAUCUCUGCAGCAAGAGGGAGCGACCGUUCACUUUCCUUGCAGCAUACCUGGAGGUUUGACAAAUCAAAAUACCGGUGGAUCAUCCGUCAUUAAUGUUGUCCAGGAAGAAAUUCAAGAUCCAACUGUCCAUCCUUGGGGAGGUUUGACCACAACGCGUGAGGGUUCACUGACACUAAUGGACUGUUACUUGUAUUCAAAAUCUCUGAAAGGACUGCAAAUUGUAUUUGAUGGCGCACGUGCAAGGGAGCGGGAAAGAGAACUGCUUUAUCCUGAUGCCUGUGGGGGAGGAGGCCGUGGUUGGAUAAGCCAAGGAAUAGUUAGUUAUGGCAGAGGGCAUGGGACAAGAGAAACCUGUGCCCUGCACACUGCCCGACUUUCAUGUGAUACACUGGUGGAUUUUUGGUCUGCACUUGGAGAGGAGACAAGACAAUCACUUUUAAGGAUGAAGGAAGAAGAUUUUAUUGAGAGACUCAUGUACAGAUUAUAGGACAAUUGAGCUGUUGGCUUGAAGUUUAAAAGUUGAAUGUUGGAGCUCUACCAUGGACAUGGAUUUCCAAAGUGGAUCAGCAGCAUACAACGAAUGCAGUUUGAUAGCAAGAGAUUUUGCAGGGAUUGUAGAAGAAACGUUAUUCGAGAAUUCAAGGAACUAAAAGAGCUCAAACGAAUGCGCAGAGAACCUCGUUGUACCAGCUGGUUUUGUGUUGCUGAUACUGCCUUCCAAUAUGAGGUAUCUAUUGACUCAAUUCAGGCUGAUUGGCGCCAGACAUUUGGAGAUGCUGUGGGUUCGUAUCAUCACUUUGAGUGGGCUGUGGGGACAACUGAAGGGAAAUCUGACAUUUUGGAAUUUGAAAAUGUUGGAAUGAAUGGGUGUGUCCAAGUCAGUGGCCUUGAUCUUGGUGGUUUAAGUGCGUGCUUCAUCACCCUCCGAGCUUGGAAGCAAGAUGGACGCUGCACUGAACUUUCUGUUAAAGCCCAUGCAUUAAAGGGUCAACGGUGUGUACAUUGUAGGCUAUUUGUAGGAGAUGGUUAUGUUACAAUCACAAAAGGGGAAAGUAUGAGAAGAUCCUUUGAGCAUGCUGAAGAGGCAGAAGAAGAGGAUGAUGAUGAUUUGAUGGACAAAGAUGGAAAUGAGCUUGAAGGAGAAUGUUCCCGUCCUCAAAAGCAUGCAAAGAGCCCAGAACUUGCUCGAGAAUUUCUUCUAGAUGCUGCUACUGUUAUAUUUAAAGAACAGGUUGAAAAGGCUUUCAGAGAAGGAACAGCACGCCAAAAUGCGCACAGCAUAUUCGUUUGUCUUGCACUAAAACUUCUGGAAGAGCGAGUUCAUGUAGCAUGCAAAGAAAUCAUUACUUUAGAAAAGCAGAUGAAACUUCUUGAAGAAGAAGAAAAGGAAAAGCGUGAAGAAGAAGAACGUAAGGAGAGGAAAAGGACCAAAGAAAGGGAGAAAAAACUGCGGAGAAAGGAAAGACUAAAAGAAAAGGAGAGAGAUAAAGAAAGAAAGUGUUUGGAAUCAGUUGAUGUUCCUGGAUCUCAUGAAGUCUGGAAGGAAGAAUUGUCUCCAGCUGCUGAUAUAGAGCAAAGUAAUUCUAGUAGAUGCAGGAAUUCAAUCAUUGUAACAGAGGGUGAUUAUCCUAAAAUUCAAGAUGAAGACUUAUCUAGAGAAUGUAGUACUUUGAGAACAGAAGACCACUCUUAUGAUGAUUCUGCUGGAGACAUUACAAAUGCACAAGACCACUCUUAUGUUGAUUGUGAUGGAGACAUUGCAAAUUCACAAGACAGGAAUAAUACUUCUACAGUCGAACAAUCAAAGUUUUAUCGUCAAAGAUUUAGAUUUAGGAAAGAAUUUCAACUGGAUGCACCUAUGAAGUGGUCUGACAGGCGCCAUAAUGCAAUUGUUUCAGAAAAUAAUAUAAUGGUUGGAAGAUCAGAGCAAAGACACUACGGAGAUAACUUUGGGACUUCUUCCAGGGGAAUCAAUGGAUUAAACAGGCAGUCAAGAAUAAAUGUUGCAAAAUCCAGUGGUAGAAAUAUCAGUCACAAGUGCAGUGAGAAGUUCUAUAGUUCCAACGGCCGGAUGAGUGACAGAUAUGAUUUCCAUUCAUGCAGUUGUAGCCUGAAUAAUAGACUGAAUAGAGUUAGUUGGGAGACAAAACCAGCUAAUAAGUCUGAAUCUAUGGUAGAUACAUCUAAGCAGUUUUAUCGUGGUAGCAAGUAUAAUCAUGUAGACUUCAUGCAUGAGUGUAAUGGAAGACCCAAAAGCAGAGUCAUUGCAGGGAACAAUCCUGGUAGGGAUUUGCCUCAAACAAAGAAAGUUUGGGAACCUUUGGAGUCACACAAGAAGUAUGCUUGUAGUAAUUCAGAUUCUGAUGUUACAUUAGGGUCCACAGGUCAAGGAUUUCAAUUUGAUCCAAUGAGGUCAUCUAUUGAUGAGGUUGAUGAUUCAGGUCAAAUUGAAGAUGGGGAUAGUAAUUUGAAGAGAAAUGGAAUGGCUGAAAGUUGUCAGAAUGAUCUUUAUACUGAAGCUGAAGGAUCUUGCAGCUCCACAGAAAUUGCAUCUGAGGAACCUGGAAUUUGUCUGAUAAGUGGCACUGCCUUGAACAAUUCUUCUGAUCCCUGUCAAGGUAGCACUUCUAGUUCAGAUAACUGCUCAUCAUGCCUUAGCGAAGGUGAUAAUAAUACAACCUCUUCAAAUCGUGAAAAUACAGAAUCCUCAAUGUCGGAUUCUGAAGAUGCUAGCCAACAAUCUGAAGUGAGAGAUAGUUCAACCUGCAUUGACAAUGGCCUGUCUAGCUCUCAUGAAGCUGGGAUUGAGAAAAUUCAUUAUGCAAAUGAUGAGGGUUUUGUGAGCAGGUCUGUAUUUGGUCCACCAUUGGAUGAAGCAGGAGGUGAUGCAUUGGGGAAUCCUGUGGUGAAAAUAGGCCAUAAUUUUGAUGACAGUUUUUCCUCCACUAAUAUGUGUUCUCAACCUCAAAGCAUACGUCCUCCAGUACCAAACCAAAACUUACAGUUUCCAGUGUUCCAGACUCCUUCAGCAAUGGGUUAUUACCAUCAAAAUCCAGUUUCAUGGCCAGCUGCUCCCACAAAUGGGUUGAUAUCCUUUCCACACCCAAAUCACUAUUUAUAUGCUGCCCCUCUUGGAUAUAGCUUAAAUGAGGACCCAAACUUCUGCUUGCAAUAUGGUGCCUUAUCUCAACCAACACCCCUAUUUAACCCCACUGCUAUUCCAGUUUAUCAGCCAGUUGCCAAAGCUAAAGGAUUAAAUACAGAGGAACUGACUCUAAUGUCCAAGCCAGCAUCCGUGCAAGGAUAUCUUAAUGGGUCUACUGUAGAAGGGGUUGCUCCAGCCGGAACUAAUUCAAAAAAAGCAGCAUUGAAUGGGGAAGUUGGUCAUGGUAAUUCUGCGAAGUUACAAGACAGUGGUUUUUCCCUGUUUCAUUUUGGUGGUCCUGUAGCCCUUUCAACUUGUCGUAAACCAGCUACUGAAUCUCCAAAUGAUGACAACGUUGGAGAUUUUAACCCAAGAGCUUCAACAGAUCAAGCUGAGAAAGAUCAUGGUUGCAAUAAAAAAGAGAGCGGUAUCAUAGAAGAGUACAACUUGUUUGCGGCAAGUAAUACCUUAAGGUUUUCAAUUUUCUAAAAUGAAAUUGGAAGUAUAAGGUGGCUGUUGUGGAAUUCAGUCCCUAUCUUCAUGUGGUAAUGGAGGUUUGAGUUCCUUGUAAUUCGGUAAACAAUAAGCUUCCUUCUGCAAUUUCUAUUUGGCCUACAGUUUUAUUAGUUGAUUGUUGCCCAACUUGUCCCUAUUUUCCCUUUGAUGUAGAGAAAGAUUGCGAGUGCCGGUAUCUUGAAGAGUUGUUUUUUUUCCGUGUGAGAUCAUAAUCCCCGCCCCCCAGCCCCCGGAAAAACCUUUUUCUUUAUAGUUUCACAGAAGCAUUUGUUCGUGGCAAUUUUUGUCUUUGUCAUGCGGCAACCAAAGCUGCUUCAUAAUCAUAAUGGAAGCUGUACUGGGGAUUUUGUGUGAACUUAUCAAUGUGAUUAAAGUGUUAUA